AGAUCAGCUGAUUUUUUACGCUGCCAUUUUGUCCGGUAGAGAAGCAACCAGCCAGUCAGUCCGUUAAGAGAAACCACUGGCGAGACUUUUCAGACAGCACCACAGGACGGGACUGUCGGUAAAAAAAGAAAAAAGAAAAAAGAAAAAACAAAAAACAAAAGAAAAAAAAGAAACCCACGACCUGUGUGGAGUCGGCAGCCGACGGACAGCACCGAAUGAGCCUGAGGACCGUCAGGGGAAACAAGCGAGUGAAGGGAGCUGUCAUUUUUGAACUUAACGGGUCCGCCGGCUCUGCUCUCCAGUCAGACCAGAGCCACUCGCCCGCUCCGUGGCUGGCUGGCUGGUUAGCUUACCCCUGCUAGCUGUUCGGCUAACACCCAGCGCUCUCGCAUCUGUUCUCACCGGGAGAAACGGCACCUGUCCCGUCCUGUCAGUUUCGCCGUACCUUCUCGUGAACUUCAGACAAUGUGCCUCUCGGUUCUGAAUGACUUUUUACGCCCGAGGGGAGCUUUAACACACACUUUGCCAAGCGAUCAGUGAUAGCUUCACCGCGCGAAGCUAACAAGUUGACGUGGAGGAGGAACUCGAGAUUUUUUUUUUUUUUUUUUUCCUUUUUUUCUCUGGGAUUGUCGAGAUUGUUGAUGCUGUUCCUCAAACUGUGAUUUCAUACGGAUAAUUAUUUUUUUUUCCGCCGACCCCGUGGAGGACUUUUCUCUUUGUCGAUCUCCCCAACAAAUCGUCCAGCGGAUUGAGGAAAAAGCAAGAAAGGGAGAAAUAGAAGCGAUGUCGGGCCAAUCUAUCACGGAUCGGAUCGCUGCAGCGCAGCACAGCAUGACCGGGUCGGCUAUCAGCAAGGCUGUGUGCAAAGCCACCACACAUGAAGUCAGCGGACCCAAGAAGAAACACCUUGACUAUCUCAUCCACUGCACCAAUGAGAUGAACGUGAACAUUCCCCAGCUGGCGGACACGCUGUUUGAGCGCACAGCCAACUCCAGCUGGGUGGUGGUUUUCAAAGCCCUUAUCACCACCCACCACCUCAUGAUGUACGGCAACGAGCGUUUCAUCCAGUACCUGGCCUCCAGAAACACUCUGUUUAACCUGAACAACUUCCUGGAUAAGGGAGCUCUGCAAGGUUACGACAUGUCAACCUUCAUCAGACGAUACAGCCGUUACCUGAAUGAGAAGGCGAUGUCCUACAGACUGGUGGCUGUGGAUUUCACCAAGAUGAAGAGGGGGAUUGAUGGAGUAAUGCGCACCAUGAACACAGAAAAACUGAUCAAGACGCUGCCCAUCAUUCAGAACCAGCUGGAUGCUCUGCUGGAUUUCCAGGCCAACCCUAAUGAGCUGACCAACGGAGUGAUCAACUCAGCCUUCAUGCUGCUCUUCAAAGACUCCAUAAGGCUGUUCGCUGCUUACAAUGAAGGGGUCAUCAACCUAUUGGAGAAAUACUUUGACAUGAAGAAAAACCAGUGUAAAGAUGCUCUGGACAUCUACAAGAAAUUUCUGUACAGGAUGACGAAGCUGUCAGAGUUCCUCAAAGUGGCCGAGCAAGUUGGAAUAGAUCAGGGUGACAUCCCAGAUCUCUCACAGGCUCCCAGCAGCCUCCUGGAGGCUUUAGAGCAGCACUUGGCCUCUCUGGAGGGCAAGAAGACCAAGGAAUUGAAUGCAGACACCAGAGCGUCCACCCUGUCCAGCGCCGUCUCAUCUCUCUCCUCCACCGGCAUGUCCUUCAGCCGCAUGGACGAGAAGGAGAAGCAGCAGGCCUUGGAGGAGGAGCAGGCCAGACUGCAGGCUCUUAAGGACCAGCGCCUGAAGGAGAUCAGCAUGCAGACUCCGCCCUCUGCCUCCCCCAGCAGCCAGUCGAUAGGCAUUGCCAACAACAACCACAUCACACAAACCCCAGAGUUGUUCAGCUCCACGCUGUCGGCCAACAGUGUGCCGAAUCUGAACAGUGACCUGUUUGAUCUUCAGCCGGCCUUCAUCCCCGCUGUGCAGAGCACUCCUUCCAUCUCCACUGCCAACAGUGCCUGGGGAGGAUUGGAGAGCCAGCCUCUGCAGCAGACCGUACCAGCCAUGACUGUAGAUUUCGAUGCCGUGUUUGGGAAUAAGGCCACACCCAGCAACAACGGCCCACAACCUGCAGCCGGUUUUGAUGCUCUAGGAGAACUGUUGAAGCCUACAGUUCCCACACACCCCGCACCUCCUCCUCCUCCUCAAAUGGCCAUCCAUCCUGGAGGAAAGCUGCUAGCCAACGACCUCGACUCCUCUCUGGCCAACCUUGUGGGCAAUCUGCAGUUUGGUGGGACCCCAGCCAAGAAGCCAGAGAUGCAGUGGAGCCAGCCAGGAGAGAAGAAGCUGACGGGGGGCCAGAACUGGCAGAAUAAGACCAUGUCGACCACACAGUGGAGCCCCGCGCCCGUGGCCCCACAGCCCAUGCCUGUACCACACGUGGCUCCAGCUCCCAUGGCUUUCCCUAUGACCACACCGCAAGUGCCUGUGUAUGGAAUGGUCCCUCCCCAGAUGGGUCAGAUGGGCGGGGUACCAGUGAUGGCUCCUCAGCCAAUGAUGUACAACCAGCCUGUUCUCAGACCCACCAACCCCUUCGCACCCAUGCCCGGAGCCCAGAUGCAGUUUAUGUAAUCCAGUCAGGGGGGAAGCAGAGUGCCAAAAGCGACAAACAAACAAACAAACAAACAAACAGAAGAAAACACACAAGAGGAAUGAUCAGGUGGACGGAGGAAUGAUUUAAUCGAGCUAAAUUGACUAAGAGACAGACGACAAGAUAACCAACUGACACCAAAAGACAAGUUGGAAAGAGGAGAAGACGACCUAACAGAGGAUGGAAAGAUGGAGGGAUGUGGUGGGGGAGAUGUCAUCCUGGCUGGUCUUUGUCUGAAACAACUCUGUGUGUGUGUGUGUGUG